AUGUCUUCUAAUGAUUUCGAAAGUGCACUUUCAAAAUUUAAAGUGCUCAACAGAGAACAGCUUGAAGACUGCACUCCGCACGAACUUUACACAUUACAACAAGCUUUACAAAUCAAGAAUUAUGGUGGUUUUGAUAUUGUUGGAACUUUACCUCUUGAACUCUCUGUGAAAAUUUUUGAAUAUCUUGAUUGUAAAGAUCUAUGCAGUUGUCGAGAGGUAUGCCAAAAAUGGAGAGGCAUCACAAAAGAUUCCACUAUUUGGAGGUCUAAAUGUCUAGAAAUGCACUAUCAUGAUAAAGAAUCAAUUACAGCAGACGACAUAAAAAAUAUUCCAAAAGAAGGUUGGGAAAAAUUGUAUAGUAGAUUAUAUCGACGAGAGGUUAACUGGAACAAUGGAAGAGUUCAAAAGCUUAGAUUUUUAAAGGGACAUAAGGAUCGUAUAACUGAUUCAAAAUUAAAAGGUAAUAUUCUUGUCACUGGGUCAGCGGAUAGAACGGUGCGAAUUUGGAAUGUUGAUACUGGCCAAUGUGAACACAUAUUCUCCGGAAAUGUUUUUAGUUGUGUUGAUUUUUUACCCGAAGAAAAGAUCAUAGCUGCUUCUACUUAUUUCCGGUCUUCCUUUCUUUGGAGCACGGAAACUAAAGAAUUGUUGGGCGAGUUUAAUGGUCAUGUGAGUGCCGUAAGAUGUAUCAGUUUGUCGAAAUCUUUUAUUGCUUCUUGUGCAUUUGAUGGGAGCGUAAUUGUUUGGAACUGGAAAUCUGGCGAGAAAAUUGCAACAAUACCAGCAGAUUCAAUUGCAGUUCGAAUAUUUGAUACUACGAUUUUAUCACUUAGUAGUCAAAAAAUCGAAGCAUUUGAUAUAAAUGAUGGAACAUGUAUUUUUUCAUCACCAUUUGAAGAAGGGCUAGUGGGCUGGUCGUAUAUUCAGAAUUAUUUGUCAUCAAUAGAAAAUCCGCAUGAUGGAAUUUAUGAACAAAUGCUAUCAUCACUGCCAGUAGUUAAGAAAUUAAGCAAUUAUUCUUCGGUUCGUGUAUUUGAUUUCGAUGCGCGUAAAA